AUGCAUUCCGCCGUUCUACGCUCAUUGGCAACAGUGCCCAUCUUGUGCACUCUCGCGUCCGCUGGCCACAUCUCCCUUGGUAUCCAAAGGACCAGAGGUCUUGACAAGAGGGCGCUUUCUCCCCGAGAUGCCGGUUCUAUUGGUGUGGAGCUUGUUGAAUCAGCGGACGAGAGUCUGUACGCCAUCAGCUUGAGCGUUGGCACACCACCACAGCCUUUUGACCUUCAACUUGACACGGGCAGCAGCGACCUGUGGGUUCCGUGGGCUGGCGCCCAAGCUUGCAUCGAUCAAGGCGGAUGCCCAGGCGGUGACUUCCAAUACAACGAAUCCAGCACGUUCCAGGUGCUAUUCAACAAUUUUUCUAUACAAUACGGAGACGGAACUGGAGAUACCGGGGACUAUUUCACCGACACGGUCCAGCUUGGGAAUACCACGGUGCAGAACUUUACCAUGGGCCUUGCACUAGACACAACAAACGGGGCACAUCUGAAUAACACCGGCCAAGGUCUUCUGGGAGUCUCGUACCCUACCAAUGAAGCUGGCUAUCACGAAGCAGGGUUCGAGACCCUCACCAUCUACGAGCAGAUGGUGUCCCAGGGGCUCAUUGCUCGCUCCGCAUACAGCUUAUACCUCGAUGACAUGGAAGUCGGAAAGGGCACAAUUCUCUUUGGUGGCGUUGAUCCCAGCAAGUACAAGGGCGAUCUGACUGUACUACCACUUCAACCCGACCCGGCAACAACGUUCGUUGACGCAUUCUACGUGAGCCUCACAGAUGUGUCUUAUGAUGAAGGUUCGGACAAGACCUCCCUGUUUGCACCCGGGUACACGGGCUGUGCUGUUCUCCUCGACAGCGGCACCACACGGUCCUACAUCCCAGCCGAGGCGUUCAACAACCUUGUCCAAGGUCUGGGCGGGUACGUUGAUGGCACCGGCGACUAUUAUGUCCCUUGCGACAUGCCGGCUGGCAACGCGACAAUAUCUUUCCAAUUCGGCGGCAGUGAGGGCAUUGAGAUGGCCAUUCCAUUGUCCACCUUCAUUUCCCCGGACGCCUCGUCGCAGCUUGCGGACGGCACGAACCUGUGUAUACUGGCUCUCCAAGCCGCGUCCACACCCUACGACAUCAUUCUGGGCGAUUCCUUCCUCAGGUCCUUCUAUGUCGUCUACGAUGUGGCUAAUGACCAGGUGGCUAUUGCAACGGCCGCGCUGAACGCCACCGCCACAGGAAGUGUCACUGCGAUUCCUAGCGGGACUAGUAUUCCUGGUGCUUCAAGUACUGCCAACUUGGCUGUGCCCACGAUUGCCAAUAUCUCGACUUGGACUCCUACCACGACGGCGAUCGCAACCGCCUCUCUAGCUGCUACAUUUACUGAUCUCCCUAGUGUGACGGCAGCUGCGACGGGUGCGACGACAGGAGGAGCUUCGACCUCGGCAUCUGCUUCGGGCACUUCUUCUGGCACCUCUUCAGGAGCGGCUGACGUGACUGCUCACGGCUCGGGCCUGGUUGUUGUCUUCUUCAUGGCUGUGUCUGCGCUCUUCUUAUUUUAA